UCCAUCCGCGGUCGUUGUACAUGGUGCUGGCUGCAGCUGUUGUCGUUGUUCGGCCGGGGGCCGGCCGUUCGCUCACGCCGCCCAUCCCUCCCAUCAAUCUCUGUCUCUUCCUCUGUGUGUGUCUCCAACGCCCGUGCGGCCUGGCUCCAUGGUUCCUCAUAUCCUCCCUUCCUCCUCUACCAGAGGGCAGCAGCCGUGUUCAUCUCCGCUUCCCAGCAUGAGGAGGGCGACGACCUGGAAGCCCAAGGCUUUACACUCUAGGGCCCUCUUCCAAUGUUCUUUUUACCGAUAAAGAUUCAUGAGAAAUUUUUCUGCAAGAUCUUUUGUUGUUCAUGGAUCCAGAUCCGUUUCUGUUGUUGAUGGUUUAUUCUACGAAUUGCUGAUCCGACCCUCCUUUAUUUAGCCUCCUACCAUCACCAGCUACAGAACUCUACCAGUGUGAGUACCGAGCAUAUGAAGCCAUGGAGAAAAAAAUAUUGCAUCAGCUGUUUGGGUAGCUUGCUUCCGCAAUUGCUUUGGAAUUUGAUUGAAAGGCAAACGAAGCACUUGAUUGUCAUUGGGCCAGCAGCACUUGAUUGGUUUCUUUCCGUCAGCAUCGCCCCUUUUAGAGGGAAUUCUGAAUUCCCUGUGAAUUCAUCUCCAGGUGCUCAAACAGUAGACACCAGCGACCCAGCCACAGAAUUCAGCAGCAGCUCCAUACAGCCUAGUGAUCCAGCAGCAAGUAACAGAAGAUCUAUACUGCCUGAUCCAUCUGAAAAUAUGCCAAAUCUGCCAGAACAUGAAAGAACCCCACAAGACACAGCUGACUACGAAUAUCAUGGAGAUAGUCCAUUCUGAUUUAGCAGAGAUGAGGCAGUCCCGACCAGCGAAGAUAAAUAAGUAUGUGCGCCGGUGAACUGAAACUUCGCUUCGGAACAACUGUCCUACUGAUUCCUGUGAGCAGAAAUAUCACGUGUAGUAAUAUUACCUUAUCUGGAACUACCUACCAUGAACACUAUCGGCAUGAUGUAAUAUUUAGUAUCUAAAUAACUAUGUAUAAUCAUCUCAAGUAACCUCUUUUGAUUAUUACUGAAUUAAUCAUACCAA